AUCUGCUCUUCCCGUCUUCCCUUUCACUUCUUUGGCAGCUCACUCUUUGUUGUUACAAUCCCAUUCGCCGCCCAUUCAAGGGUCUUUGGACCUUCAGUCGCUCGUUUACUUAACUUUACACUCUUUUGCUCUUCUCAAUUCGCGCGCCGGGUACUGCUGCACCUUUUCCACAACGCAGUCGUCUCUCCUAUCGGUCUCGCGCACUGACCUAGAAACGUCAAAGCUUCUCGGCCCCGGAAAAGCCCUGCCACCCUCAUCUACACGUCCGCGGUCUUGCCUGGCAGCGAGAUCGCGAGUGCACAAGACACCAGGGCUGGGAGGAGGAUGAGUUCAGCAUGAGCUUGGGAAAGUUGGAUACUCUGUGCAUAUCUGGAUUGGAAACCAACAAUUGAUUGCACUGCUGCCCCUGUUACGACUGGUCCGACUCUCUGAAUUCCCGGAGGGCAUGUCGAAAUACCUCGCGUUGGGCGCACUGGCCUUGCUGGCACCCGUGGCGUUUGCGCAAAGCUGCAUAUCGUUGGCCAGUUCCCAGGCCUGUUCGGCCUUCAAUGCCUCUUCGAUCUCUACAGACUCCGACUUGGUUAAUUUAUAUCCGUUUCUUGCCUAUGUUAAGACGGUACAAGACUUCGACACGCAGAUAAACCAAUAUGUUUCCCAGCAGUAUGUUCAGACCAAAUAUGAGAACAUCUUUGGUUGCGACAACGUCACCCUGACCAACACCUCCUCGUACUAUGCGAGAUAUACACGAAGUUUCAUAUGCAAUGGCAUUAUACAAAACUCGAAGCAGCCUUGCGGCCUGUCCAAUACCGAUUCGAGGCCGUUAUGCGCCGACUCUUGCGCCGAAUUCGCCCUCAGCGAGGAAGAGAUCGUGUCGAGCAGCUUGUGUAUGGGCCGAAACAAUGACUAUGCCGACGAACUCAGAGCAGACUUCACCAAUUGCGCCUUGCCAGCCAACUCUAUUAGCGGCAGCUGCAUCUCAGGCGAAACGAACGAACCCAACAAUUGUGGAUUCGGCGACAACUUGAUGAGUCUCUGCAACUUCUGUCGAUCGAGCACCGAAAAUGGUACCGAUUCCUGCUGCUUCACCUCCAAUGCCCAAGGUCUGUGCCAGGAUGUCACUCUCCCCGUCUUCUCGACAAUAUCAGGCCUACUUUCCUCGACAGCCAGUCCCACUUCUUCGCCCACCAGCAGCGCGAGCGCGGGUGCUGCCGCUUCCAAGUCCCACGGCCUCAGCGGUGGCGCCAUUGCUGGGAUUGUUGUAGGAUCGGUCAUAGGAUUUCUGCUCCUCUGCGCCUUCAUUGCUCUCGUCGUCAUCUGUAUGCGCCGCCAACGGAACCAAAGCACCGCUGGCAGUCUCCUCAACCAACCAUCUCCGCACAGGAAAGGUGGCCCAGGCUCGUCGUCAUACCAUCAGCCAAUGACCCAGCCAGGCUAUGAAGUUCUUCCCGGUGGUCGAGUUGCCCGCAUGUCUGCGCUACAAGACGAUCAGGCACCCGUGAUAGGACCACGCCACAAUUACACGUCGCACACCGAUGUCUACGGUGACAGCCCAGGAUCUCGCGGGAAGGGACUCGUCGCAGUCAAGCAUGACGGUUCGCCCGGUAGCGAUUCUCAGAACGGCAGUUCUCCUGAUUUUUCAUCCCCUGAAGGUGUGGCUAGUGGUCAAUCGGAGCAACUGCCUUUCUUCAAGGAUUACUAUUCGAACGAUGAUAUUCACCCAGGCGACAAGGUGUCCGUGCUUUGGGCUUAUCAACCUCGCGCUGGUGACGAAUUCGAGCUUGAAAGAGGUGACAUGCUGAAAGUGGUCGGUAUUUGGGACGACGGCUGGGCGACCGGAGUACGUAUCAACGACCGGGCCGAGGACUACGAUGGCAAACACAAGGUGCAACGAGACAGUGGUGUCUCCAACGGUUCGACAAAUCGAGAAGAAUCACCUACACCAACGGGGGAAAUCAAGGCCUUCCCGUUGGUCUGCGUGUGCCUGCCCGAGGCAUGGAAGAAGACAGUAGAGGGCGACACCGGCACAGAAGGUGGCUCAGGUCUCCCUCCGGCAUGAAGCUCGAUUGGUUACGGUCAUGCUGUGUUUUUAUGACGACAUGCAGUUAGCACCGGAGUUUUUCGGUUUGAUGGUUAUCGAGCGAUUGAGAGAAAAGCCCAAAGAGAAAUACAGUACCUCGAUAAUACCAGUAAUAUCACGAACGCAACCCCUUUUUUCAUGUCGCAAGGCAUCCAAAAACCGUCUUCAAAUGGCCUGGCAUCGACGAACAUCGUACUCAUUGUUCAUUGUUCACAGCCAUAAUUCUACUCGCCUGAUGGAGUUGGUUCCAUUUUUUUCUGGUGGCACGUUCUGCUUCCCCUGGUUGGAUUCUAUGAUACCCCCGUUUAUGUACAUUUGUUUUUGGCAUGAUGCUUGAGUAAGAAGUGGAGAUUUGCCUGAUGGAUUGAUGUUGGACAAGCAAAGAGAUGAGAGAUGGAGACCGGCCGGUGUGGUCGGUGUGAAGGAGACGUUUCAAUCGUGGCUGGUAGAAAGCGGGCCACGACUUUAGCUGUCUGUAGUAGUUAUGGCUGAGGCUUUUACAUCUUAUGAGCAACCAAGCAAACAAAAAAAGUGUUGGCCCUCGUCAAGAGGUUGAGAGGGAGCCAGUAGAUGUUUCUUAGCUCGACGUGGACAGGAUUUGAUAGAGGUAAUGCAUUUUACGGUAACAAGGAAA